AUGGUAUGACCGGUCUCUGUUUCUCCCACGACUAUUUCAUCUGGUUUGUGUGUCACCUGUGUGACGUCACAUUUUCUCGUGAAAAAGAUUGUGGUCUGGCGAAGAGAAAGGUGAAGAAAAAGAAGAACAAGAAGAAGAAAAGACCGCCCGUUUCAUCUUGAUCAUUUCAUUUCAAAUUACAAGUGAAACAAUUAUUUCUGUGAAAAACGGAGGAGUUCACUGAAACAUUGGUUCUGGGUAAAAUCAGAACACCUCCCGACAGCAAAAACUAGGUUAACUUUUCUUGAUAACACCCUCCUUCUCAAUUACAAAAAUAUACAAAAAACCUUACUGUUCUAAUUUCAGGAAGAUCGUCGGGAACUCUUCGAAGCCUAUCUGGAUCUGGCCAACAGUACCUCGGUGGCCGGCGGUCAUUAUGACGUGUUGACCGAAGUUGUACAGAAAUCCGACGGGUACACGUUUAGCGAGAUUGAGAAAUUGGCGACGAGUAUAAAUGUGGAGUGCGCGAUACGAGGUGGGAAAGAGAAAAGAAAUUGAAAGAAAUGAAGGCUAUGUAUCUAUGUACUAACUACUGUAAUCGUGAAUGGUUAGCGAAGAAGAAACAUGUUAUUUGUCUGAUUUGAUCUUAUGAGGUAGCGUGAACCUCAAAAAAAAACCUGUUAAGAACACAUUUCCUUCACUUUGGUGUUGUUUCUUUGAUACCGUAUUCAGCAGAAAUGAGGAAUUAGUUGGAAUUUGAGGUUAAAGACAAACAGAGCAAAAAUCUAACAAAAUGUUUUUAGGAUCACAAUUCAUCGGACCGACAGAUGUGGAAAAAGCGUUCGAGUGUUUUGUCGCCGGGAAGAUCGGAAAGAUUGAGGAUGACCAAGUGUGAGUAGUAUAAUAUUUGUUCCGGAACGGCCUAGCCCUACAUUCCAAGCACCGAUGAGAUUGUAUCAACCCUACAGCAGCGAUAUACAGCUUUUUGUACAUGGCGAAAAAGUGCAAAACUAGUACGGGUGAUCCGUUUUUUGAGUGGAGGGUUCUGUUUCGGCCUGCAAGAAUAUCGAGGUCAUCUGACGCAAGAUUCUUGUGAUAUCUCCUUUUGUGAUCUCGAACUGUUUGUUAAAACCGGGUACGGUGUUUUGCAACGUGUGACAAGCGGUAAGACAUCUGAAUUACUGUAGCUAAAAAAUAUUUUGAGCCAUACUGUUCGGAACACUUGUACAUCAGGUCGAGGCAUGUAGGCCUCAAAGUAGUCCUGUAGUUUUGGUUUACUUUUAACACCGAACAUGCUCCGAAAAUUGCUCCGUCAACAAAAUCCAGAAAAACCAUGCUGAACAGCGUUGAUGUUACAGUAGGACGUAAAACAAGACCUGCCCAACUUUAGUACGUAUUCUACGAGGAGUAAAUACAUAUUACGAAAUUAUGACUCGGUCGCAACAUAAUCAAGAAAUCAUUGACACCCUGAACUAAGAAAAAGUGUGAACUUUAAUCGGAAUCUGAUUAACCUCCUUCUCUCACUUUAACUUCCCCGUUUUCAGCCUUCCCACACUGGCGGACGUUGGUGGCAUGUUUAAGCAAAAAAAGCUACUUGAACAAGUGAUAAUUUGGCCGAGAAAGGUUCGUCUUUCUCUUCUUUUUCCGUCAGCCGCUUUGUCUUCAAUCUAAUGAAUUCUGCAUUUGAGCAGAAAGGACGGGUCCAAAAGAGCAGUAAAAGGGUGAAGAAAGGAAAUUUGAUUUCGUGUAGCCAACCCUCUUUUUUCGGCAGCAGGAAAAUGAGGAAGGGAAGAAAAACUGCGUCAAAUGUUUUUGGAAAUGAAAUAAAAUGAAGAAGAAGGGUAGAAAAGAGGAUUCUGAUUCGGGCGGGGCCGAGUUUUGUAUCCGUUGUCAAGAAAGAUUAUUCGGGCGGAGUAUAAGAGUGAUGUGUUCGAACCUCAACGUAUCUCAACCGGAAAACAGCAAAGCUUAUGAAUUUCAGUACCCCCAACUAUUCGAAUCGGUGGGAGUGCCCGUCAGCAAAGGAAUCCUGCUCCAUGGCCCGAGCGGUUGCGGAAAGACCCUUUUGGCGAACGCCGUCAUUUCCAACUCCAAGUUUAGUGUGGUGAACGUGAAAGUGAGUCUUUACCUUCAACUCGAAAAGCAGACAAAGAAAACUUUCAGGGCCCAGAACUAUUGUCCAAGUACAUUGGCGCAAGUGAGGAGAACGUGCGAUUGGUCUUUGAAAAGUAUGUGCAACAUCACUUUUGCAAACUAGCAUCAUCACUACAUAUUGACAUACAAAUUGACGUUUCUUCAUGUCCUUUUUCAUUCAGAGCCCGCUCAUGUGCUCCGUGCAUUCUUUUCUUUGAUGAACUCGACUCAUUGGCACCGAAACGAGGACAUGACUCGACAGGAGUGACGGAUAGGGUUGUCAAUCAAUUGCUCACCGAAUUGGACGGCGCAGAAGAAGGAAUGAAAGGUCGGAAACAUAGAAAAUGUGCUAGAGAAUCAACAUUUAUGGAUUUCAGGAGUCAUAAUACUUGGAUGUACCAGUAGAAUUGAUCUAAUUGAUGACGCGCUGCUCAGACCCGGAAGAUUCGAUCAUCAUGUGCAUUGUGGACAGCCUAGUGAGGUGAAAAGUUAAAACUUAUGAAAAAGUUUUAAAGUACUUCUUCAAAUUUCCCAAACACUCUUCUAAAAAGAAUUAAUGGCAAAAAUAAAGGAGAACAUUCCUUCGGUUGAGAAAAACAUUUGAAGGCCAAGAACAUGAGCGUUUUGGGUCGACUGGAUAAGAUCUCAGGGAACUUUAACAUACAAUUCUCGGGCUGACUGUCUUUUUUCUAAAGAUUUUAUCCGGAUAACCUCAGUUUGUUCUACUCAAAACCAACCACUAAAAAACGUACUCCGAACUGAAAAACUGCAAACAACCUAUCAAAACAACCGUGAAAAAUGAUUCAGACGGAACGAUUGGAUAUCAUGAGAGUGCUGACCCAAAAACUGCGUACCGUUGAUCUGGAUCUGGGAAUGCUGGCCCAGAAAACGGAUGGCUGGUCGGGGGCCGAUUUGCAGCUGCUCUUCACAAAUGCCCAAUUCUACAAUGCUCGACAAAUCGCGACUGGUAAGCAGGAACCUUUUAGCGUUUUUUUGGAAAGGAAAUCCGAUAUUAUUCAGAAGGAGAUGGAUUGGAAGAGGAUGACGUGGCGAUCGACGCAAACUCUAUCAAACAAGUCUUCAGGGAUUCCAUCCCGAAACCCAGAAGAUCCGAAGUGGACACCAGAGUCGGACAAAAAGUGACGUUGGCCUAA